CGUAACCUUUCCACUUCCACAAACAAAAUGAAGAAAUUUGGCAGCUUUUCGUUUCUAAUCAACCGGCGAUGCUCCACCACCGCCACAACCUAUUUCAGACGGCUAUCAACCAAGGCAUCAGAUGGUCGAGACGAAUGGAACGAUGCUUGGGAAACAGCGUGGCUCCCUGAAGAUUUAUCCGCGAAAAACCGAGCAUGGGAAGCAGACGUCAAUUUCUCUAUUGCCGAUACACCAGAGGCUCUCGAUCCAGAUACGAAGGCGUUCGUUGAAGACAUGAGUGAUAAUUGGGAGCAGAGGAGGAAAAAGGCCGGGAGUAAAAGCAAGCGACAGGAAGAAGAAGAAAGGCUGCUGAAGAUGAAAGAAGAAGGAAAAUCAUUGUAUAGUUUGGAGAAUGUGAAAAUGGAUUAUAGGGUUAUGAAACAAAGGGUUCAUGCUGGUUUAUGGGUUAAAGAGAUUGAGAAAAUGGAAGAGGCCAAAUUGGGUGAUUCCGGUGGUGGCGCUGGUGAUGAUCUCGAUAGAUUCCUUGACAGCGCUUCUGAGAUUUUCGACUCAAAACCUACAGAUUCUUCCGAUUUGAAGAACAAGCCAGAUGGAUGGGAAACAACAUCAAAGGCACAAGAUGGGAACAUCUGGGAAAUGACCCAAAGAGAAGAAGACAUUCUUCUUCAAGAGUAUGAACGUCGAAUUGCCUUCAGCAAAUUCCAGAUCGCUAGCUUUAUAAAACAACACAUAUUCAGUAGAAGGAGACCGAUUGAUGGAUGGAAGUACAUGAUUGAAGAAUUAGGGCCGAAUGCAAGAAGAGGGAAGGGAAGUGUUACAAGAUUACCUAGUCUUGCUGAUGCCUCCACUCAACCAUUUAAAGAGGAGAAGAUCCCAAUCAGUACUGGUGUUCCGACUAGGGGAAGAUAGGCCAGGUGGCACUUGAGAGUCCUUGUCAUUUAGAGCAUCCACAAUGUUGACGCCAUCCAACUCCGGGGCGAACCGGGGCCUGAUCUGCAGUUUUGGUGAAUUCUUGAUGUCCGGCGAUGGCGUCGACGGAUUAUGAUUAUGAUGGCCAUCCUUGGAAUCUUUUUGAGUGUUGGUGACCGGAAGCUUUUGUUCCAUGGAUUCAGCGCAGAAGGCGUCGAUUGAACUGAAAAUUGACAUAAGCAUGAUGAUUGUUAUUUGUUAAUGAUGAUGAUUUAGUUGAGGGAGAAGAGACGAUGGGUAUAAAUACGAAAUAGGGGUAGGGAUUAGGGAAGGAGGAAGAUGUGGAACAAUCGAGAAGAAAGGAACAGGUGAAACAACGUGUUGUGUGUGUUGCUUCCGUAAAUGGGAGAAGCAUCUAAAGUAUUCCAGAGUGUAGUGUUGAGCUGGUUAAAGAAUAUGAAAUCUUCCACCUUCCAAGUUCCAAGGUAUCGCCACAUUUCGCC